CCGACCAACGACAAGUGCCAUAUCAAAUUCGAACAACCGAACUCUGGAAAGUCAAAUUCUUACUUUUCUACCUAAGGCACCUUAUUUAAAGGCCAAGGAGGCCGGUGACAACUCAUCAUUCGGCCGAGGUCUUCGUUUAUGCAGAGUCAGACAGAACAGCAGUCAACAAUCCGCCGACGCCGAAGGCCGGCCCUCUCUUGUCGGGAAUGUCGCCGCCGGAAAAUCAAAUGUGACCAUAACAAGCCGUGCGCCCAGUGCGUUCGCCAUAAUGCGCAAUGUUUCUACAAGCCAUUUGCCGACAAGGAUCCUACAAGACGCCGAGGCCUACAGUCAACUGGCGGAUCGAGAGUCCGAGAUGAUGGCAGCCCAGUCGGCUCACGGCCAACCACUGUUUCUGCCGCGAGUCCUCCGCCCACCGUUCCAAUCCCCUUGGUCACACCAGAGCAUACUCCGGAUCAGAUACCCAUUCUCCGUGAUAUUUUGCAGAGAAUACAGAAACUUGAGACCCUCUCGGCAUCCGGAAGUGGAAAGGGUAACCAUUCCUCCCCCAAGGCGUCGCCUGAAGCUGCUCAGGGUGAGCCGGCCCAGCGUUCUCUUACACCUCAGCCACUGGCAGCGGCACAAGGAUGGCAGUCUGUUAUGAACAACAAGCCGCGGGAUUGGGGCCGCAGCCGCUGGGUCGGCGGUGCGCCUGAGUUCACCGCCAUCAUCACCUGCUACAGCGAAAUCAUGGGUAGGGGCACUGGGGAUACAUCGUAUCACAGCCCUGAAGCGGCGGUCUUGGUUUCCCAAGCCGGCCAUCUUCUCCGGAAGUCCAAAAUCGGCGCGAAGAGCAUCAAGGUCGAUCGGCCUGCUCCGAGGUUGAACUCGCCUGGCGUCGUCCUGACGCUGCCUCCGCGCGAGACCGCUGAUGCAAAGGCCAGAUUGUACUUUGCGGCGUUUGAGUCAACGCAUCGGAUCCUCCAUGUUCCUACGUUCUGGACCGAGUAUCAGAGAUGCUGGGACCACCCAGACAGCAUCACAGCCGACCUCCGUCUCAAAGUUCUACUCGUCAUCGGCAUUGGAUCAAGUCUCUACGACCACGGCGAUGUGACGGCCACACAUCGCAACACCGAGUCAGUCCAGCAAUGGAUAUGCGCUGCUCAGACUUGGAUUUCCGGGCCGGUAGAGAAAGACCGCCUAGACAUCACGGGCUUGCAAAUCCACUGUUUAACGAUGCUGGCCCGUCAACUCUUUGCCAUCGGUGGGGAUACGGUGUGGGUCUCGAUGGGAUCUCUUGUCCACGGAGCUAUGCAGAUCGGCCUGCACCGCGACCCCAAGCAUCUGCCAGCCAUGCCAGUCCUACAAGCCGAGCUCCGCCGGCGAUUAUGGGCGACCAUUCUGGAGCUGGUUGUUCAAUCAUCGCUAGACGCAUGGAUGCCACUACGCAUCUCACUCGACGAGUUCAACACUGAACACCCGUCCAACAUCAACGAUGAUGAGAUAGAGGAGUCCACUACCGUGCUCCGAUCACAUCCCAGAGACAGAUUCACCUCCACGUCGAUGCAGCUCGCUAUGCUCGACUCGCUUUCCACUCGCUUCCGCGUCGUCCAGCUCCUCAACGACCUUCAAUCUAACCGCUCAUACAACCAGUUCCUCACCCUGACCUCUGAGCUGACCUCUGCCCUUCAGGCUUACACCACCCUUUUCACACGCACAAACAGCAACGAGAGCAACGGCCCAACCCCGUUCCACCGCAACCUCCUCGACUACUUGGCCCGCCGCUUCAUUGUGCCCCUGCACUUCCCCUACAGCCAUCAGGCUCGCACGAACCCAAUGUUUCACUACUCGGUCAAGGUCAGCCUCGACGCCGCCCUGGCGCUGGUCUCGCCCGGGCUGGAUGACGGCGGCAUGUUCGCCCGCCUGAUGGCCAUUAGCGGGGGGCUGUUUCGGGAGGGGAUCCGGAGUGCCACGGCGGCGAUCAGCUUGGAGUUGCUUGCUCACGUCGAAACACAACGUCGCGAUGGCUCCCUCCAGCGCACCAGCCAGUGGCGCGACUUCCUCAAGCAAGUCGUCCGCGACCUGGCGGCGCUCUCGGAGGAGAGGAUCCGCAAGGGCGAGACCAACGUCAAGAGCCACAUGUUCUUGAGCAUGGUGCUUGCCCAUGUGGAGGCCAUCGAGGAGGACAAGCCGGUCGAGGUCGCCGUGGCGAGGGCGGCGCGGGAUAGUCUGGAGAUGUCGGAGCGUUGGCUGAGCUCGAGGAUGAUGGAGGGAUUGGGAUUCGUAGGCCAUGAGAUGCGGGCUGGGUUGGGGGGUUCGUCUUCUUCCGGGGAGGGUGGGAUUAUGGACGAAAUUGAUGGGUUCGGGUUUGAAGGGUUCUCUGGGGAGGAGUUUGCCUGGGAGACCUUUUUUGCUGAUGGGCGGUUUGGUUAGGGAGUUGCAGUGAUUUAAAGUCUUCAUUCUGUCCCGACAUAGAGCCAGUAAGAUAGUGUGCCAGCGUGUAAUCAAGUGGCUAUUUC